AUGGCAGACACCCUCAUCUCGUCGCCUCACGACAGACCCAAAGUCGAACUCGAACAGCCCUCGUUGGUCACUCAUGAAUCCACAGAUCGAGAGACCACCUUGACAGAGUCACCACGCCAGGGUUCCAUCAAAUCAGCGUCCCCAGCGCCGGAGAAUGAAAACAAACCCGCUGUCCCCGGAUCCAAGGAGGUCACCGAGGAGCAAGAGGAAGAACACCCGGAGUAUCCUUCGUCGUGGAAGCUCGGGCUGAUCAUCACUGGACUUUGUCUUUCUAUAUUCUGCUUGGCCUUGGAUAAUACCAUCAUCGCGACUGCCAUCCCGAAGAUCACAGACCGAUUCAAAUCCCUCGAAGACGUGGGCUGGUAUGGAAGCGCCUAUCUGUUGACACAAUGCUCCCUGACCUUGGUCUUCGGGAAACUGUACACCUUCUACUCCGUGAAAUGGGUCUACCUCGCCGCGCUGGCGAUCUUCGAGGUCGGGUCCUUGAUCUGCGCAGUUGCGCCAAACUCGGUGACGCUCAUCGUCGGACGCGCGAUUGCGGGCAUCGGAGGCGCCGGGUUGUUCUCGGGCGCCGUCCUCAUCGUCGCUCAGACGAUGCCGCUCGAGAAACGACCGAUUUACACCGCGCUGUUUGGGGCCAUGUUUGGGAUAGCCAGCGUCGCGGGUCCCUUGAUGGGAGGCGCCUUCACGGACCAUGUCAGCUGGAGAUGGUGUUUCUACAUCAACCUGCCUGUCGGCGGCGCGACAUUCCUGUUCAUCAUACUCUUCUUCAAAACGCCUAAAUCGAUCAAAGCGAAGACCACCCUCAAGAAUACCUUGUCCCAGCUGGAUCUGCUUGGGAAUCUCUUCUUCCUCCCCGGGGUUAUCUGCGUCCUGCUGGCCCUGCAAUGGGGCGGCACGAAGUACCCCUGGAGUAACGGCCGCAUCAUCGCGUUGUUUGUGCUCUUUGGGGUUCUCAUGAUGAUUUUUGCAGGGCUGCAGAAAUACCAGGGCGAAAGGGCCACCGUGCCGCUGCGCCUGAUCAAAAACCGGAACGUAUGGGGCGCCGCGUUCUUCAGCUUCGCUUUGGGCUCUUCGUUCUUUUCCACGGUCUACUACAUUCCGAUCUGGUUCCAAGCCAUCAAGGACGUCUCCGCGACCAAGUCCGGCAUCAUGAACAUCCCCAUGGUCCUCGGAGUAGUCAUCUGCUCCUUGCUCGCAGGUGCACUAGUCACGCUACUUGGAUACUACACGCCAUUCAUGAUGCUAUCCCCCGUCUUCAUGGCCACAGGAGCCGGGCUCCUCAGCACAAUGACCCCCGAAACAGGCCAUCCCGCAUGGAUCGGCUACCAAGCCAUAUACGGCAUGGGGGUCGGCCUAGGUCUACAGCAGUCCGUCCUCGUCAUCCAAGCAGUGCUCCCCACCUCCGACACCCCCACAGGCACAGCAAUGAUAAUGUUCGCGCAAAACUUCGGCGGCUCAAUCUUCGUCUCAGUCGCCCAGAACAUCUUCCAGAACAAGCUACUCACAAGCCUCGUCACCAAGGUCCCUGACAUCGACGCCCGUCUCGUCGUCAGCGCCGGAGCAACCAUGCUGCGCAAGGCCGUACCUCCCGACGCUAUAUCGACCGUCGUCAGACUCUACAGCGACGCCAUCACCGAAGCAUUCUACAUUGCCGUCGCGAUGGGCGCACUCGCUAUCGUCGGGGCGCUCCCUGUGCAGUGGAUUUCCGUUAAGGGGAGGAAAUUGGAGGGUGGGGUUGCCUAG